CACACUGGGUUCUCUGCGACAUACAAGGCAAUAGGUAGUUUUUCCAGUCACUUACCUCUUCCUACCAAUGCAUUACAUCCCUCCAGUCUUCAAGAGACAUACCACCUAAAAACAUAAUUAACAUGGUGCUUUUCCAGGCAAUAUGGUCAGUAAAGUUAAAAUCAUCAAACAUACUGUAGAUAACUGAAUUGUCUCUCUAUGAUGAUCUUGUGUUGAUCAGCUCAAUGACCUUCUCAUUAUCAGACAUUGAUGAGUGUUCAAAAACGGACACUGGAGAUGGCUCAGGUCCACUCUGCUCUCAGAUCUGCGUCAACACCCAGGGCUCCUACCGCUGCUCCUGCCAGCAUGGUUACAAGCUUCAUUUAGACCAGCACACAUGUGUGUUAUCCUGUGUUGACUGUAUAUUUGACAAGCUUGAGGAUCGUCUGUCCAGUCCAGGGUACCCUCACCCCUCACCUCCUUUUCUGUCCUGCAAGUACAUCAUUUCUGUAGAGCCCAGAUUCGCUGUCACUCUUAACUUCACUGACAACGUCCACAUUAAGAGUGCAGACACUCAGCAAGGUCCCAGCUGCAGGCUGCAGGUGACCAUCCCAGACGGACCUACCAAGAAGCCGUGUAGCGAAAAGAGACCAGGUCUGAUAGCUACAAAGUCUAGCACUGUCAGGUUGGACUACCACACUGAUGUUGAAGGCCUGAGCUAUAGCUGGAGCCUGGACUACAGCACACAUGAGGUCAAGUGUCCAUUUCCUGGGACUUUGGCUAAAGGAAGGUUCACCCCUGUCCUAAGUGAAUAUUUCUACAGAGACUUCAUCCAUGUGACCUGUGACCAGGGAUACAAACUAAUGAAGGAUGGUCUAGAGAUCAAGAAAUUCUCUGCCAUGUGUCAAAGCAAUGGACAGUGGCACCCAUCUCUGCCAGAAUGCCAAAUAAUUGAUUGUGGAGAACCCGAACCAUUGCUGAAUGGAUGGUUGACCUUCCAUUCUGGCCGUUCUGUGGUUCAUUAUCACUGUAAUGAACCAUUUUACUCUCUUGGGGGCAUAAAUAUUAGCCUAACCUGUGAAGCAGACGGAAAGUGGAGAUCCAACCACGAUGUUGUUGUCACUCCAACAUGCAUACCAGUCUGUGGCCAGCCAACAAAACUCAUCUCUGCCUAUCAGAGGAUCAUUGGGGGAAGUGAAGCUCCAGAGGAUACUAUCCCAUGGCAAGUGUUACUGAACGUAGAUGGAAGAAGAGGAGGUGGCAUGGUGAUUAGAGACCGCUGGGUUAUGACUGCAGCUCAUAAUCUAAUACAUAAUGGAGAGAAAGCAUCAAAUGAAACAGUGCGGAUUUUCAUGGGAGUUAAUGAGGUCAAAGAAUACGACUCCCCUCCCCCUGUGUAUGCUGACUCAAUCCAUGUUCACCCUCAUUACAACAACCCCAGCGGUGUUGACUUCAACAAUGAUAUUGCCUUGAUCAAACUGCAAAACCAGAUCACAUUCAACUCAUCUAUAAUGCCAAUAUGUUUGCCAGCAGAGGGUGCCACAUACGUCACUGGCAUGAUGGGACUGGUGUCAGGAUUAGGCCUCACAGAAACUGCUGGCAGACGGAUUUUAACAAAUAAGCUGAAGUACGUGCAACUCCCUGUGGUCAGCCAGCAGACAUGCAUUGAUUCAAUCAAUUUUCUGAAGAGGACAAGGAACCAUGUGCCAUCUGUGUCAAGUAACAUGUUUUGUGCUGGAGUCCCAGAAGGUGGAAAAGACUCCUGCCAAGGUGACAAUGGAGGCCCCUUUGCUCUGGAGGACAAUGGACGAUUCUGGGCUGCAGGGAUUGUCAGCUGGGGGGUUGACUGCGGAAAGCCAGGCAAAUAUGGAGUCUAUACCAGAGUCGCCAACUACCUGGACUGGAUCAAAAAGACCAUGCAGGAGAACUGAAUGUACAGUAAUUCAUUACAAUGAUGUGAAGAUGUUGAUGAUGAUGUGAUGAUCAAAACAAAAGUAAAAGCCAAGGCAUUUACAAUAAAAUCAGAAAAAAAAUAAUUUUGUUCUAAAUGUACUCUUGUGUAAA